AGGAGAUGCACGGAGACUCCGUCUACAACCUCAUGUUCGGUCCGGACAUUUGCGGCCCCGGCACAAAGAAGGUUCACGUCAUCUUCAACUACCAAGGCAAAAACCAUCUGAUCAACAAGGACAUCAGGUGCAAGGAUGAUGAGUACUCCCACCUGUACACGCUGAUCCUGAACCCCGACAACACGUACGAGGUGAAGAUCGACAACAAGAAGGUGGAGUCUGGCAGUCUGGAGGAGGACUGGGACGUCCUGCCGCCCAAAAAAGUGAAAGACCCUGAAGCCAAGAAGCCGGAGGAUUGGGAUGACCAGGAGAAGGUCCCAGACCCGGAAGAUCAGAAACCAGAGGAUUGGGACAAGGCAGAGAACAUUCCCGACCCCGACGCUAAGAAGCCCGAAGACUGGGACGAAGAGAUGGACGGAGAGUGGGAGCCGCCCAUGGUC